AUGCGAUGCGCGAGCAAGGCCGCCGAGAGAGCUUCCGCACGUCUCUGUGCGGACGCCGAAGCAGAAACCACAGCAACUGAUGUCUCAUCGGUUGCUGAAGCGACUCAUCAUGUGUCACUUGGUGAUGCAGGCGCUGGUCAUGAAGACACUCAUGUCUUCACAGAGUAUGAGCUCGGUGUCUCAUACUCUCCCGAUACGGAAGACGGAUCCGUAUCGACGGCGAUCGAAUCCAAGCCGCCUGCCAAGCGUGGCAUGGAUGAAGCUAUGCGUCGUAGCAUCUUUGGUUCAUCUGAUGAAUCAGAUGAACAAUCGCCGAAGCGAAGGCGCUCGAGGUCGCAAGACUCGGGCGCUAACAGUGGUGUCGGUUCUCCUAUGGACACCACUUCGCAACGAGAUGCCAGUCCUUCUGUCGGCACGUCGCAGGAAGAGCGGGACCGCAGUGUCUUUCGUCUAGCUCCUGAGAAGAAGGCAUGGAUGCCUCCUAAAUUUGUCAUGUAUUACUUGUCGGCGACGACGAGUGAUCGUUAUCGAACACGGUUGUUCGAUUCGUCAAGGAUCCAUCACCUUGACCCCAGCGCGAAAAACUAUCGCGCUGAGAAUUAA